AUGUUUUCAAUUAGUUCACUUUCAAAGUUUGCCCGACCAUGGUAUUUUGUAAAUUCAAAUGCUAACAUUGCCAACUUUAAACGAUACAUGUCCUCUAGAAAUAUCAUAUUGUCCGUCUUAAAUUCUACUGCCACAAAACGUGAAGCAAAAGAUUAUUUAACUAAAUAUGCUGAUGAAACGAAAUUAAUUAACCAUUCUCUGUUAAUUGUCCGCGAUCUGCAUCGAUGUAAUUUUAAUCUUUUGAAACAAUUAUCUGCUACUAUAAGACGAUUGAGAAUUCUUGGAUUAAGACCAAUAUGUGUUAUUCCGCCCUCUGAAAACAUUGAAAAGGAAGCAGAAACUUUGGAUAAAUUGAUCACAUAUGCUAAAUUGAGACCAUUACAUUUAAAGGAAUCCUUAGUAAAAACUACUACAGGGCACUACAAAUCCAUUUUAGCUUCCGAAGAUUUAAAUUUAUUUGAUAAUUAUAUUCCAAAUUUAGUGCCAAUUAUUAAACCUUACAUCUUCUAUGAAUCAGAUGUUACCGAGGAUAUUUCAAGAGAUAUCGUUCAUUUUAUGCGAUAUCUUUCCAAAAAUGCUAGGAUAAAAAUAGAUAAAGUUUUCAUACUAAAUGGUAUUGGUGGCAUUCCUUCAGGUGAAAGAAAUGAUAAUUCACAUGUUUUUAUAAAUCUUUCACAAGAAUAUUCAUCACUGACUGGUGCAUUGUCUCAAAAGAUUUCUUGUCUAGCAAAACGAGAACCGGAUUCUGAGAACUUAAUUGAUAGAAUGGAACUUUAUUUGAAAGAGAAACAAAUUCGUCAAUUAGAAAAGGAAACUAAGGAACAUUUACAAGACUUACAGAUAAUGAACGCGGUGUUAUCAAAUUUAUCUAAUACAGCCACUGGAUUAAUAACAACAAUAGAGUCUGCUGCACUGUCAUCAGAUACUAAUAAUCCGUUAAUUUAUAACUUAUUGACUGAUCGUUCCUUAAUAUCAUCUUCCUUACCUAGGUUUAAAAGACACAAGGAAAUCAGUUUUGAAGAAAUCUUUAAUAAUGAAGAAGAAGAGUUAGAUGCCAAGAAAUUAUCAAAUAUCGAGAAACAAAAUUACAAUAAUGCAAUUUUAUCUACUACUGUUUUAAAGAAAGGCAUUAAUAUCAAAAUAUUUGAUUUUAAAACAUUAAAUGAUACUAAUUCUAUUGGUUUACCAUCAAAAGGUAACCAUAAAAUGUUGGAUGAAAAUACACGAAAAGCUAUGAAAAUAACCAAUGAUAAAGUAGACUUAAUAAAAAUGAAAUCUAUCUUAGACCAAUCUUUUCAUAGAUCGUUAGAUCUAGAACAUUACAUGCAGAGAAUAAACGGGAAUAUUGCAUCCAUUAUUGUUAUUGGUGACUAUGAAGGUAUUGCAAUAUUAACGUAUGAAGGACCAGAGCAUAGUAGAUUUGUAUACUUAGACAAGUUUGCAGUUCUGCCACAUUUAAAGGGAUCAUUAGGAAUAUCUGAUAUUAUCUUUAAUUUAAUGUUUAAAAAAUUCCCAAACGAAGUCGUCUGGCGAAGCAGAAGAGAUAAUAUUGUUAACAAAUGGUAUUUUCAAAGGAGCGUUGCAGUAAUAGAUUUGUCAAUUGAUAUUGGAAACAACGAUCAAAGCGAUAGUAUUUUUAAAUUGUUCUAUUAUGGUGACCCUAAACGUGUAGAGGAAAACAUUAACAACUUCAGCAGGUUACAGGAAUUUGCAAGAUAUGUAAGAGAUAUUAAACCAAGUUGGGAAAAACAACUUAGUUUCUUUAAUAUAAAUGAAUGA